AUGUUUCGCAUUCUACCCCAAAUUUCACCUACUUCUACGUACUCAAUGUCAGAUCCAGAACAGCUGCCGGAACCUGUCCAGGUCAAUGACGCCAAGAGGCAAAAGGUCGAACUUCCUCCAGGUAUGUCGAAGAACGCCUGGAAGAAGUUGCAAAAGCAGAAGCGCUGGGAUGAGCAGAAGGAUGAGUACCGUCAGAAAAGAAGAGAGAAGAAGAAGAUUGCCCGCGUAAACAAAAAACUGAGAAGCGAAGCAGAGAAAAAUGACGAAAAUUAUCAUCUGCAAGCGAAGCGUGAAAAGCCACAAUCGCAAAUCCCCUCGGGAGUCUCGGUAAUCAUGGAUUGUGAGUUCGAUGAGUUGAUGAGCGAUAAGGAAAUCGUCUCCUUGAGCAACCAAAUCACCCGGUGCUACUCUGCCAAACGGCACUCGACACACGAGGUGGAUCUUGUGAUUUCGACUUUCAACAAGCGCUUGAAGGCUCGUUUCGAGAAGUCUUUACCAGAUUACAAGCUCUGGCAGAACUUGACCAUCAAGGAGAACGACACUCUUGAGGAGCUUUUGCCAAAAGAUGCCGAAGAAUUGUCAAAAUUUGUCUACUUAACGGCUGAUACCGAGGAAGAAAUCGAUACGCUACAAGAAGGCUACACCUACAUCAUGGGCGGUAUUGUGGACAAGAACAGACACAAACAGUUGUGUUUGAACAAGGCCAAGAAGUUGGGGUUGAAGGUGGCACGGUUGCCUAUCGGCAAAUAUAUCCAGAUGAACAGUCGGCAUGUUUUGGCCACCUCCCAUGUGUAUGAGAUCAUGUGUAUGUGUUUUGAGUUAAAUCAUGACUGGGAGAAGGCAUUCAAUUCUGUUCUCCCGCCUCGAAAACUCCGUGCGGGUAUUGAAGAGCCCAAGGAAAAAAGCGAUGGUGGUUCUACCGAGUCUGUGGAGCCUGAAGAUAAGAAGGGAGAAGACAGCUCUGCGUCAGAUGCCGAGGGAGAAAAUGGCGAAAGCGAAUCUGAACCAAAAACUUCAGAAACGAAUUAG